ACCUCUGUGGUGGAAAGUUACUAGACGGGGAAUGUCGAGCUACAAAACAAGCUCGUUGUAUUUAAUCGUGAGGGUUCUUGCUUGCUGUGUUCGCAGUAUAGACAGCAUCUUUCUUUAUUGUUAGUUAAAUGAUGUAUAUGGCACUAGGCGGGUUAUCUUAGAGCUAUAAUAAUAUCCAUGCUUCGUUUCAGCUACGGGGACGCUUGGACACAUUGCCUAGGUGAAAUCAGCUGCGCACCAACGUGUAUUGUUGGAGGCAAACCGUUUCUGUGCUGAAACGCUGUUGGUAGUCCACCCACUACGGUGUGUCAUCAUGUCAGAGUCGGGCCACAGUCAGCCCGGGAUGUACGGACAGGGACGGAGGAGAAGACGGAGACGGGGCGAAAGAGAGUCCGGUAUUCCCGGUCAAAAUUUGUCGGGACCAAGUCGUGACAGGGACUAUUACCCUAGAGAACGAAGGGAUACAAGUGAGGAUCCUCCAGGACAACUCCUCCAAAAGACUCCCAUCAUACUCGCAAAACCCCCCGGAGAAAGAUCAAAGCCAGCUCAGAGUGUCUCUGUCAGUGGAGCCCCUGCCCCAGAGAAGCCGAUUAUGUUAAUCAAAACGAGGGAAGACGCCACAAAAUGUGGUACUCCACCAGAGGCAACCCCUCAGCUCCCUGGCUCUGGGCCGUCCAAGAUGGAGAGGGAGGGACAACGUCCUACACAACCUGUUUACCAGAUCCAAAACCGUGGCAUGGGUGCCUCUGCCUCCAGUGGUGCUGGGGACCCUGUGGUUGGCCAGACCAAACUAAUCGCUCCAGAGAAGAUGAGGCAGAGCAUCAAGCUCGUGGACGAUCAGAUGAACUGGUGUGACAGUGCCAUGGAAUACUUGAGGGACCAGACCGAUAUGCUGGUCGUGGGAGUCCUUGGCCUACAGGGAACUGGGAAGUCUACAAUCAUGUCUCUUAUAUCUGCAAACACUCCAGAGGAAGACCAAAGGGCUUUUGUUUUCAGGACUCAGACGCAGGAAAUCAAGGAAAGAGCGGGAAACCAAAGCACAGGAAUAGAUUUCUUCAUCACGCAGGAGAGAGUCAUCUACCUGGAUACACAGCCUAUCCUCAGUCCCUCCAUUCUGGACCAUCUUAUCAACAAUGAUCGGAAGUUACCUCCAGAGUACAACCUUCCGCACACCUACAUAGAGAUGCAGUCUCUUCAGAUGGCGGCCUUCCUCUUCACAGUGUGUCAUGUAGUCAUAGUAGUUCAAGAUUGGUUCACAGACAUCAACAUGUACAGGUUUCUUCAGACUGCAGAGAUGCUCAAGCCCUCGACUCCCUCGGCCAGUCACGACAGCACCGGCUCCUCAGGGGCCGAAGAGGGAGCCGAGUACUACCCCCAUAUAGUUUUCCUGCAAAACAAAGCCAGGAGGGACGACUUUUGCCCACGCAAUCUGAAGAACAUGCAUUCAGUGGUUGACAAAAUGAUGGCGCACUCCCAUCUCAAAUACAAAGGAACCCUGUCCAUGCUGGACUGCAACAUGUUCCCAGGUCUUGGCAGGAAGUACCUUGAGAGCGAGGUGAACCUAUUCCUGCUCCCACCGCAGGACAGUGAAGGGGACGAGGGCCUCACUAAAGCAGGUUCCGGGUCGUCCCCUCUCUUCUCUCUUCUCCCUGGAUACAGAGGCCAGCCAACCUUCUCCUCUGUGGUCUCCAAGCUUCGCAGCCAAAUACUGGCCAUGCCUCGCUGCCAGCUGUCCCACACCAUCCUCACAGAGAAGAACUGGUUCCACUACGCGGCUCGUAUCUGGGAUGGAGUGAAGAAGUCUUCAGCCCUGGCUGAAUACAGCCGCCUGCUGGCUUGAGACCAGGGGCCCGGGGCCCUCGGUCCACCCUCCUUCAGCAGAGUCUGUGUUCCAAGGAGAGCUAAGCCUUCUGCCAUGGGGGCGGGACCUUUCUAUCAAAAUGAAGAGCUUAACAUAACUGAUGUUGAAAAUGAUGGAAGACUGAUGGUUGGGCAGGGGCGAAAGAUAUGCAUUUUUGGACAUGCCUUGGAAAAUGUGUAUUUUUGUUUUUAAUUGGCUAUUCAUUAUGUUUAGUUUUGGAGCUGGGUGAUCACUUUAUAUUAUAAAAUCUCUUGCCAAAAUUUAA